AUGCUGGGCAGACUCUGUGGGGCGGCAUCCUUUGCUGUAUUCUACGUGUUAAUUGGAGAGUUUCUUUCUACGGUGUUGAGAUCGCAAGCUAUGGGAUUGGCGUCAUUUAUUUCGGGCUUAAGCCUUUUCGUCUGUCCUUAUAUUGUGCAUUUGGCUGUAUACGGCAAAUCACUUCCACUCAUAAUCAUGGGUAUACUUAGCGUGAUGGCGGGUAUUUCGUCGCUGUUCCUGCCCGAAACCCUGAACCAACCGCUGCCUCAGACUUUAGAGGAUGGUGAAAUGUUUGGAAGGGAUUUUAAAUUGUUCAGUUGCGUUGAUAGAUCGAGAAAGGAACAGGACUACAAUUCUACAUGUACAAAUUAA